GGUCUGCUUCUUGGUCGGCUUUUCCGGUGCGGCGCGUCGCGGCUACUUGCGUUCGCAAGCGAUUGCUUGUCCCUGGAUUUCAGGCUUGUUGCUGCGGUUACGCGGCGGCGCGGAAAACGUCACGCAGCGGCCUCGACGACGCCUUCGCUUCUCUUUAAAAACGCUGUUGCCGACGGACGGCUUUCCCGCGGGAGCAGUCACCGAUUUGGCUUUUGCCUCUCCGUGGCUGGUGGCCAGGCUGCGAGAGCUGGCUUCGCCCGUGUGGCACCGAAUGGACAAAACGCCGGUCCGAGUAGUCGCAGUGAUCAAAAUCAGAGCCGUCACGCACCUCAGCACACAACGGUAGAACGUACGGCUGCCGCAUAGAUCAAAAAGACUCCACCCUCCCCCAGCGAUGAGCGCCUGGGGCGCGCAGAAGCGCAGCAUCGAUGACUUAGUAGAAGGCGUCGAGAGCGGCCGCCUCGCGUGCGUCGUCGUGCUCGCCGGCCGCGUUUUCGAUGACGCCGCGGCCGUAAAGCUCGCGACCGCGAUGCGGUCGCCGACGGCCAAACUCAAGGAACUACGGUGCAGCGGCCACUCCAUCAGUGCCGUCGGCGCGGCCGCGCUCGGCCGCGCCGCCGGCGCGUCGACGACGCUCGAGAUCCUAGAUGCGGGCGACGCGACGCUCGGCGACGACGGCGCCCAAGCCCUGGCGCUGUGCUUUCGCUGCCCUUCCUUUAAACAGCUGCACCUCGAGGCCAAGGGUAUUGGCGACGCCGGCGUCGUUUCGCUCGCGGCGGCGCUCUCCGAGGGGUUGGACCGCCUCGACCUGGCGCGCAACGACGUCGGCGAGCCGGGCAUCGUGGCGCUCGGCAAAGCACUCCAGGCGAGAGAAAGGCCGCUGCGCCACCUCGACGUGUCCGGCUGCCUCCAGGCGCGACGGGUCCCCGUGCUCGCCGCGAACGUCGUGAGUUUAAGGUGCGCGGACUUAGCACCGGGCGCCUUCGACUGUAUUGAUUUCGCGCCGGGCCGGAAGCUCUUUCGGCUCGACGUGUCGAACUGCGGCUUAGACGCCGCAUCGAUCAAAGCGAUAGCAGAAAAAGCGUCUUCAUUGGUAGAGCUGCGGUACGCGAACAAUGAGGAAGCGGGCGACGCCGGUGCCGAAGCCGUCGCCGCGUCGGACGCGCCCUUGGAUGUCAUCGACGCGUCGGGCACGGGGAUUUCAUCGAGAGGCGCCAUUGCUCUGAUCGGGGGCGGCGCGGCGUCGAUCUUCAUCAAUGAUAACGCGUUCGGCGACGACGGCGUGACGGCCAUUGCGGAGUGCAUAGAGGCGCCCUUCCUUGCCGAUGUCGACCUGCGCAAACCUCCUCCCGACGAGUCGAACCUGCGUACAUUAGGAAUUAGCAAGACGGGCAUGACAGAUACCGGCGCGAUCGCGCUCGCGGCGGCGCUCGCGAGGUCGGCCGUCGAGACCGUCGAGGUCGGCGGCAACAAAAUAGGGGACGCCGGUGCCCGGGCUCUACGCGCGGCCGAGGCCGACCGCGCGGCGCGGCCGGCGCCCGGUUUAGACGUGGCGAUGCUCGACGACCGGCGGCCCCAAAAUAACUAAACGUGUG